GAAAAUGUACAAGAGUUGAGAAGAGAGAAACUAACUGGAAUAUUAGCGUCUAAAAAGAUGGCGACGGACCGUGAGCAACUUUGUCGAGUAAUCGACAACGAGCGACAACAUGCGGACCCCCUUCACGAGCGACGUGGGCAGCCGAAAGUUCCACCUGAUGCACCGAGGCCGAGCUCCUGUUUGGAGCAACAGCGUCCACAGCCACCCCACCUUAAAGAGGAAGAGACACAGAACCUUCACUUUAAAUCGGAAGAGGAGGAGGUUGAUAUCAGCCAGUUGCCACUGACGGUCGUCAUUGUGAAGAGUGAAGACGUCAAAGAUGAAGAAGUUCUUCACCACAGUCCAAGUGAAGGAGAACCGGCAGCACACUACCUCUUAGCUCAUCACAAAGACACAGACGGGUCAUUGAGGAGCGACGUUGAUCGUAACGGUGAUGACAAACGCUCAAAAUACUGCAAUGAGGAAAAAAAACCUGAUCAAACGCGUAGAAGGCGUCCCUUACGUAAAAAACGUUUCAGCUGUUCAGUUUGCGGCAAAACGUUUCCUUAUGAGAGUACUUGGAACGAACACAUGCAGACACACACAGGAGUAAAACCUUUUCGCUGCUCAAUCUGUGGGGAAGCUUUUGCUCGAAAAGGAAAUAUGAACGUACACAUGAGAAAACACACGGGCGAAAAUCCUUUCAGCUGCACAGUGUGCGGUGAUAAAUUUGCCCGCAAGGUCAAUCUGAUUGCACACACAGCAACACACACAGGGGAAAAACCUUUCACUUGCUCAGUGUGUGGUGAAAAGUUUUCUUAUGAGUACAAUGUCAAUACACACAUGAAAACACACACGGGAGAAAAACCCUUUGUUUGCUCCGUCUGUGGUAAACGGUUCCUUAAAAAGUCCGUGAUGGUGAAGCACAUGAGAACCCACACAGGCGAAAAACCCUUUAGUUGCUCAAUUUGCAGCGAAUGCUUUUCUUAUAAGCACAGUUUGAAUGUGCAUAUGAGAACACACUCGGGGGAAAAACUCUUUAGUUGCUCAGUUUGUGGGAAAAGAUUCUCUCAGAAGCAAAACAUGAUCCAACACAUGAGAACACACACGGGUGAUAAACCUUUCACUUGCUCAGUGUGUGGUGAAAGUUUUUCUUAUAAACACAGUUUGAAAUCACACGUGCUGAACCACACGGGAGGAAAACCCUUCACUUGCUCUGUUUGUAGUAAAAGCUUUUCUAACAAGUAUGAUUUGAAUGUACACACGAGAACACACACAGGUGAGAAACCUUUUAGUUGCUCAGUUUGCGGCAAAAGUUUCACCGUAAAGCAAAAUAUGAUGAGACACACAAGAACACACUCGGGAGAAAAACCUUUUGCAUGCUCACUUUGUGAUAAAAGCUUUUCCAGUAAGUCUGAUAUGAACAGACAUGAGAACACACACAAAAGGAAAGUUGUGGAGCUUGUGUAAUUCAUCAGAAUUUUCAUAAAGUCACCUGAGACCAAAUUGAGUCUGGAAAGGCGAUCAUGAUUGAAAAUUUGGUCACUCCUUUUGUCCUUUACAAUAAAGACGAAACCCAUCCUGA